AUGGCCUGCUGUUGGGAUGUCGGCACGUUUACUGCUUCUCGUGCAUUAUCGACUGGCGCAAAAACUGGGAUCACGUCAAAGAUCAAGCCGCUGUUUAUAUCGUGUCCUCAAUGUCGAAGCCAUUCAAAUAUGAUCGUACCGUGUCGGUUCUGGCCAACAAGUCCAAUGCAGAAAGAACUCGCCAAAGAGGUCUACAUAAAAUUCUGCGGUUAUAAGAUUUGCAAGCACUACCAGUAUAAUAUCGAAACCGGUCGCGGGUACGGGUGUCCACGUGGCGGAGCCGCUUGUUUGAAUCGCCAUCAACGCCCAGACGGAACGAUCGACAAAGAAGAUGCUCCCGAGCCUAUCGAAUACAACGACAUCAAAGUGCGCACUCUAUCCGACGUUCCGUCAUCAGCGCCGGAAGAGAUUUCAGCAGACGCUCAGUCUUCAACAUCGAUUCGAAUCUCAUGGAAACCGCCGCCAAAACAGAAUCAGCAUGGAGAGCCAGUGUUUGCUUUCGUGGUGGAUGGUGCUAAACACACCAUUGACGUUGAACGAUUCGGAGUAGCGACUACAACCGACGAGAAAAUUGUGAUCGUUUGUGCAAAUUGUGAAGACAAUGAACAAGAUGCGAAAGAAGUCUUCAAGAAAGUUGCCACUACUGAGCAAAAACAGAUUACGAUCCCUAUCGUCUUUGCG